AUGAACUUCGACUUCCACGCUCCAGCCGGGGGAGAAACCGCGUUGUUGGAGCAGUUCGUCUUCGACAACGGCGACCGCUAUUUUACCACUUCUUCUGCCGCACCGUCUCAGGACCUUACUACGACAGCUCUGGCCACCAUGUCGCAAGCAAGCCGCCAGAGCCUCAGCCCGGACACAACCUGGCUGCCGCUCGAUCUAACCGGCAACAUCGGCGCCCCUAUCUCCGUUCACUCGCCGACCAGCUCAAGCAGCAGUUCCAGCAGUUCCGGGAGCAGCAGCGGCAGCAUUCCCUCAACCCCCAAUGAGCACCACCAGAACCCCGAGUCGCCUGUUCAUCGCGGCAGCGCCAUUUCCAGCCCUCUCCAGCAACAGCAGCAGCAGCAGCAGCAGCAGCAACAGCAGCAACAGCAACAGCAACAGCAGACCUCGCCGUUCCAAACGACAGCUCCGACGCCGGCAACGGCCUUGAUUUCGGACUGGUCUCCUCUCUCGCUCCAGCAGCCGACACCCGAUCUUGCCCCUUUCCUCCCAGAGCAUGCCCUAAUCAACUUUGCCCCGUAUGCCGUGGCCAACUUGCCCCCUACGACGCUGGACUACCUCCCGGCGACCACCCAGGCCACGCUAGAGGCCGGCCUGCAGCUGGGCCCUGCCUUCAGUCCUGUGUCUCCGGUUGAGAACAUCACCCGUGUAAUGCCGUGGGCGACGCGGAUGCCGGGUAACUGGCAAGAUUUUGACCAGCUCAACUUCCAGGCCGAUGGGCUGCCCCGCGUCACGCAGACCAUCGUUCCCCACUCCCCGACCGGCUCGUUUCUGUCGAUCGGUUCGAGCAGCGACAACGGAUGGACGACCAUUGACAUGUACUCCGGCGUUGACGCCUUUCAAUCGUCGCCUACGCACUCGGCAGGCCACAGCCCCGCCAUCUUCAACCCUAGCCAGACGCUUCAUAUUCGCACCAAUUCGGAUGUCUCGGACAUCAACUCGCUCGAUUUUUACGAGGACAUCAACUUCUCGUCUCCCUAUUCUCCUGAAUCGGAUGGCUUUGUGGAGGUGUCUCGGAAUGGCGCCGAUCAAGUUUCUCCCGCUUCUACGGAGCUUGUGAGCCCCACGGCCACUGUGGCUUCGCUACCGAUCAAGGCCUCUGCGACCGCGUCGAUCAACAGGCCGCUGGUCGGGAGCGGCGCAAGCGGAUCUGGCAUGGCCUCCCCUCCAGAGCGUCGCAACUCGGGUGCGCGCAAGAGUCCGACCAUCGCCAAGACUACCAAGUCGGUCAUCCGCAGGCCGUCGACCGGCAAGAAGGACGGUACCGGCGAGAAGAAGGUGGGCAGGAGGCGCGGUCCUCUGUUGCCGGAGCAGCGCAAGCAGGCCAGCGAGAUCCGCAAGCUGCGGGCAUGCCUUCGCUGCAAGUUCCUCAAGAAGACGUGUGACAAGGGCGAGCCUUGCGCUGGCUGCCAACCUUCUCAUGCUCGCUUGUGGCAGGUCCCUUGCACGCGUAUCGACAUCAAGGAUAUUGCCUACUUCAUGAAGGACUGGAAGGCAGACUACGAACGCCAUGUCAACCCGAGCGUCACGGUUUACAAUGUCAAGGGCUAUUCGCAAAAGGAGACGCUCAUGUGGAUCACUCACGGCUAUGGCUUCUGCUUGCCGGUCAUGGUCCGCGAGGUCUAUGUUGUCGACGACAGCUGCUUCCAGGUCGACUGGGUCGAGUCAUCAAUACCGAACCAGGAGCCCAUUGAGCUGUAUACCCGCACGGAGCAGCUCGACGUUGGUCAAGAGGGCAUCUCACGCCAGAUGCUCAACGAAUACAUCGACAAGCACGUCGACCAGGGCUUCGAGCAGUUCAUCGACGACCACUUUGAGGGCACUCCCUUCAUCACCGAGCUGUUCAAGACGGCCUACCGCUUCUAUACGAAGACGCAGCUGCCCGUCAUCCGUACGGCGCUCAAGCUGGUUGUGGCUUACAACCUGACCAUGCAUAUCACAAUGGUCGAGCAGCCGCCGACCGACCAGCCCAUGAAGGGCCACAUCGACGACGAGGAUUCCAAAUUCUACGGCCGCACCGUAGCCCCACUGCUUGUCAACUUCCAGAUCAAGUGCGCCAUGGCCGAGCUCUGGCGCGAUCUGCAGAAGGAGGUGCUUGAGCAGCUCUCGCAGCUCUACUCGAGCGUUUAUUCUGGCGAGCGUCUCAAGAACUGGCCCACAAUCUUCAUGCUGGCCUCCAUCCUGCUUGCCGUAUGGGAGGAGAUGCAGUUCGACUGCCACUACCGCGUGCCCGACCCUGCGGCCGUCGAGAAGUUCUGCCGCGAUAUGGAGACCGUGCCCGUCGGCGUCAUCGUCGGCCUCUUCCAUGCCAUCUCGCAGAAGCUGCCCGCCUUCACUGAGUGGGAUACUCGCCGCCACGGCCAGGUUCUUAACAACAACCCAGCUGUGUGCGAGGCUAUGACCGAGGUUCGCCAGCAUGUCCUCAAGCACGAGGCUUAUCUGCGCACACGCGCCGACGCCAAGUUCAAUCGUCUCGACUUCGAUUCACUCGCCAACAAGUUCUUGUCGAAGCUUGUCAUCCGGUCGAAUUAA